AUGGUGACGCGGGUGGAGGUGGGCUCCAUCACGACCCUGCCUGGAGUGCCAAGCCUCGGUGACAUCGCCAAGGAGACCCUGACGCGGACCUGCUUCCGCCAGGCGGGCGACACGUCCGCGGCCCCCUCGGCGAGCCCCCUCCGGAGCCACACACGCUUGUUCCCCUUUGGGACCGCACUCGCCGCCCCCAAGCCCUUCUCCAGGGAGAAGGCCCCGGCCGGGAAGUCCCCGGGGCCCGGCCCCGCCAGGCCCUCUCCCUCCGGGGGAUCCCCCCAGGCGGCCGCGGCGGCCAGGGCCCCGGGCGAGAAGAUGCCCGGCCUGGGGGGGCAGGAGGCAGGCGACGGGGGCCCCCGGAGAGGCUCGUCCAUGUACCCCAAGGCCCCGUGCCUUCGGCCCAGCACCCUGAUCCUCUUUGAAACCACCAAAGCCGGCCCUGCCCUGGGGAAGGGGCUCAGGGAGGGGGCCGGCGUGUCUCAGGACUCCCCCUCGGGCCCGAGGCCUGAAGUGGCCGCCAAGCCCGCCCUGCCUGCCCGGAGGCCCGGGGGGACCCAGGACAGCAGGCCGGCCGCCCCCGGAGAGGACGCAGGCCCCGGUGAGCCCCCGUCCAAGGCCAGCGGCGGGGAGGGCGCGGGCAGCCCCGCCGCGCUGGAGCCCCGGCCUCUCCCCAAGAGAAGGCCCGUGUCAGCUAUUUUCACCGACGCCAUCCACCCUCAGCGGCUGGGCCCCGGCGGGGCGGCCGCGGGGGGGAAAGCGCCCCCCGCCCCGCCCGAGAAGACGUGGGUGAAGAGGCCCCGACCCGUGUCCAUGGACCUCACGGCCGAGAGCAGAGAGGCCCUGCUGAGGAAGGCCGCGGGCGAGGCCGCCGCAGGCCCCCCCGGCCAGCGCCGGGGGCCCGAGAGGCCCCCCCCGAGGUCCCCCGUGGACGGGGAGAGCCUGGUCAAAGCAGAGGCGCCCCCCGCUGACGCAGACUCCGACUUCCUGGAGGUGACCCAGAAGAUCCACGCACGGAGGGAGAAGUGGCUCUCCAAGCAGGCGGAGCUGGGCGGCCUCAGAACCGCGGGGGGCUCAGCCAGGGUCCCCCCCACCGACGGCCGGAAGCCCGAGGGAGAGAGAGCCAGGCUGGAGGCAGAGCCAGAGAAGGCUCCCGAGUCCCCUUCGCCCAGGCCGGGCGGCGGAGGCCGAGAAGCGGCGGAGGGCAGGAGCGCGGCGUCCGACGGGGAGGCCCGGGCCCCGGGGGAGUGGGUCUCCAGGGGCAGCGUCAAGAAGCGCCGCAGCCUGUUCGAGGAGGAGGGCGCCGCCUCGGCCUUGGCAGCGGGGUCUGAGCCCCCCCCACCGGCCGCCCCCGAGCCCCCCUCGGCUGCUCCGGAGCCCGAGAAAGCGGGGCUGAGCGUCCGGGAUCGGAUCCGAGGCUGGACCGCCGAGAGCUCCCAGGUCAAGCCGGAGGUCAGGAGGAGGGCGUUCCAGGCUCGGCCACAGUCGGUGGAUUUGACCAAACUGUUUUCGAGUUCAGCUUCAAGCAGCGAUGUCAAGUAUGAGAGGUGCCCGGAGCCCAGUGGCGAGCUUGCCAAGGAGCCGAGAGAAAAGCAAAAGGAAGGGCCUGGCGUGGACGGAACACCUGCUCCCAGGAGCCCCUGGAAGCCUGGGCCGCCCCGGGAGAAGGCCAGGCCGGCCCCGCGGAAGGACAGCGCUAACCAGGUCCCCGGCAGCUGUCGCGGGGCAGGCUCGGCGGGGGCCCCGAGCUCCCCGGACAGCACCCCGGAAGACGAGGGGACCUUCCAGACCGUGAGGGCCACCGUGUUUGAGCAUCACGUGGAGAGACACACGGUGGCCGACCAGUCGGGACGCUGUCUCUCGGCCACACCCCCCGGCGCCGUGACCCACGUCUCGGAGCCCCGGUCCAGGCCCGAGAGAGGCCUGUGGCUGGGGAAGGACCUCCCGGAAAAGACGAUCCUCAGGAAAGAGAACUGGAGGUGGUCGGAGAUCCCCGACCCCGAGAGAGCGGGACGGACCCCCCUCGUGAACGGGGACCCCAGACAGCAUCACACGCCUCUCCGGGAGCGGUCCCCCGUGGGCGAGAGACGCAGCAGUCACCCCGUCCUGAAGGGCCCGGAGCACCCGCCCAGGUCGCAGAGGGUGGAGCCCAAGGUCGACGUGAUGCACACCGUGGGGGAGCGAGCACACAGCGAGGCCGUCCCCGCGGCGCCCGAGGAGAAGGCCGUGGAGCUCCGGAGCGGCGGCGGCGGCGGCGGCAGGGCCCGGCCAUCGCUGAAGGGGCGGCAGCCGCCCCCCGACGUCGCCCCUGCCGCCGACCCGGAGCGCAGGCCGCACCGCCCGGCCGGCUCCGUCCAAAGGGCCAGUCUGAUCUGGGAAGCCCGAGGGACUCAGGAGGUCAGCGGGCCCACCCCUGGCCCCCGAGAGCCACAGGGCACGUCGGGGGGCGGCAGCCUGUCGCCCACGCGGAGAGGGGGGGCGGCCAGGAACUGGCACAGAGCCACCCUGGUGGUCAGCGAUGACAGCGGCUCGGCAGCCAGCCCCGAGGCCGCCGCCAGCAGCCAGGCCCAGCGCCAGGGGCCCGAAGGGGCCAGGAACAAGCCCGGAGUCUGUGCCUCGGGGGGAGAAAGGGCGGCCCCCCGCGGCUGCCCCCCUCCCGACGCCCCCUCCAGAGCCACGGACGAGCCCUCCGUCCUCCUCCGGGCGCGGCCACCCCCGCAGGGGCUCCUGCAGAAAGGGGCUCCGGCCCCCGAGCCUGAAGUCCGGAUGCGGAGGGGCAACCCCGGGGACCAGAGGUUCGAGAAGUGGAGGCGGCGGACGUUGCCCCACGACGUGAAGUUUGAGGAGUUCAGCUUCCCGCCUGCGGAGGGGGAGCAGCCACGCCCCGACCAUCCGAGCCCCAGCGCAGGCGGGAGGAGGCCUCAGCCACCCCUCAGCAGGGUGGAGGCCCCGGAGGGGGACCCGGCUCUCCCGGCCGUGAGGCCAGGGCCGUCCGGGGAGCCCAGGGCCACCUUUUUCGCAGUGACCUACCAGAUUCCCGAUGCUCAGAAAGCAAAGGGUGUUGUUAAGCCCGGGCCCGGAACCCUGACGGACCAUUCUAGAAAAACAGCUCCGCCUCCCUCGCCUCAUCCUUUAACGCCCACCUUGGUCUCCCCCAAGCCCGAGGAGCCGCUGGAGACCGCGGGCAGUAAGAGCCGGGCGCAGGCCAGAGAGCCUGACGGCGCCAGCCUUUCCAACGCUCUGAAGCCAGCCGAUGUCUGGUCGCCUCCCGGGGACAGGAUUCUGGAUCUUUCCACCGAAAGGAUCUUCGACGCAGACGCCGCCGGAUGGGUCCAUCGGCGACCGGAAGGCCGCGCUGGGUUUCAGAACGACUGGAGGGAAGGUGGGGGCAAGACGCCCCCCGGCGGCGCUCCCCAAACCAUCCCUGCUUUCCCGAAAGCCGGGGACCCCCCCGUGAGGAGGAGGAGGGAGAGGGUGAGCGAGACGUCCCCGGACAGAGUCACCCGUGGCUACAGGUCCAGCGUCCUCGACAUCGACGCCCUGAUGGCCGAGUACAAGAAGCCGGAGGCCCCGGAGCGGACGGAGGGGCCGCCCGCAGAGCCCGGCUGGGCCCAGGAGCGGCCAGGCCAGCGAGGCGGGGCGGACCGGAGGCGGCGGAGCCUCAAGGAGGGGCCCGAAGAUGAGGGUCCCCGGAGACAAGCCAGCUUUGCUGAAACAAACCACGGUCCUAGUCCAGCCUCCAGCAAGCAGCUUGCCGAGACCCCGGGGGCCGCCACGAGCCCCAAACUCGGCUCUCCUCUGUGGGCUCUGCCGCCCGGGGCUCCCGAGAAACAGCCAGCGGCCUCCCCGGGCCCCGGGGGUCCCGGGAAGAGGAUCUCGGGAACCGCAGAGGACGAAGCCAAGGCCUUUGCUAGUAAACAUCACGGCGCGAAGCGUCAGGAUCACCCAGCCGCCCGGGAGGACCCCAGCGGCCAAGCCAGGGUGUUGCCCAGAUCCUCCCCAGCGGACAAGGAGAGAGGGGCCCCGAGGAAAUCCACCGGGUGGGGAGAGGAGGGCCGUGUGGCCCCGGGGGGUGACCCCCCGCCGUACGGCAGGUCACCGAUGGACGUCAAAAGGGCCUCUUCGGAGAAGGGUGCCCCUGCCAAAGUCCGAGAGGGCCUGUCCAUCCUGCAGGAAGCCAGAGAGAGGCGGCGAGAGCAGCCCGGAGGGAGGCCCAGCCUCCCCGGGGAGAGCUCGGAGGCCAAGGAGACCAAGACGGGGCCCUGUCGGCGGGACUCGGGGGCCCGAGACAGCCCGAAGGUGACGCCACGAGACCUGGGGAGGGAGGAUGCCCUCCAGGACAGCGAUCCGCCUCUCCAGCAGGUGUCCCCCGUGGCCCUGGGCCCCCGGAGGAGCCACAGCUUCUGCAAGGACAGGAGGAGCGGGGCCUUCGUGGAUCAGCUGAAACAGUGCUUCUCCCGGCGGCCCCCCGAGGCCAAGGACACCGACACCCUCGUGCAGGAAGCCGACAGCCAGUAUGGGACGUGGAGGGACCAGCCCCCGAGCGGGGAGAGCGUGGGCCCUGAGUCUCCGUCCCCAGACAGCAGUGCCGCGUCGGCCUGGAAGCAGCCCUCCAGCAGCCGCUUGUCCUCCCUGUCCUCCCCGACGGAGGCCACCUCGGCCGGGGACCAGCACGACUGCCCCAGGGACCAGCGGAGCGCCAGCGUGGACCGCUCCAGCACCGACCUGGAGUCCACGGAGGGGACGGAGGGGCCGCCCCCGCCAGACGCCUGCUCCACAAAGAAAGUAGAUGACUUCUCCUUCAUCAAUCAAACCUCAGUCCUCGACUCCAGUGCCCUCAAGACCCGGGUGCAGCUCAGCAAGAAGAGCCGCCGCCGGGCCCCCAUCUCCCACUCCCUCCGGCGCAGCCGAGUCAGCGAGUCGGAGAGCAGGUCUCCGCUGGAGGAGGAGGAUGACACCAUGUGGAUGUUCAAGGACUCGACAGAAGAGAAAUCCCCCAGGAGAGAAGAGUCCGAUGAGGAGGAGAAGCGGUCCGAGAGGUUGCCCGGCAGCCAUCCCCAGAGGAUGCCCGUGUUUCCGGGCAUCGACCCGGCCAUGCUCAAGGCGCAGCUGCACAAGAGGCCGGAGGCGGACAGUCCCAGCGAGACCCCCGGCUGGGCCCCCCAGCCCAAGACCCCCAAGUCCCCCUUCCAGCUGGGCAGCCGUGUGCUGCCCACCAGCGUUGAGAAGGAUGAGAGAUCAGGAGAGACCUCACCCCAGUGGCUAAAGGAUCUGAAGUCUAAGAAGAGGCAAAGCCUUUAUGAGAAUCAAGCUUGA